GGAAAUUAGCCCCUCUCUGCACCUGGAAGGAAACUGUUUCUUUUCAUGGACUUUGAGAGGAAAAUGGGGGUGAGGAGAUUGUGGUGAGCUCAGCCUCGGACUGUUUUUAUGUAUUUCUGAGUUGCAACUUCCCUUCAAGCAUAGGGCACCAAGAGUAAGAAGGACCUGCUGUUCCCUCAACAAUUGCUGGAGAUGCCAGAGGGCCCAUCAUUGAGGAAAUUCCAUUUACUGACCUCCCCUUUUGUGGGCCAAGUGGUGGCCAAGGUGGGGGGAAGCAGCCGGAAGAUCAAUGUGAAUGACCUGAAUGCCCUGAGGCUCCAGGACUCCCAGGUUCAUGGGAAGAACUUGUACCUGGCAUUUGUGGCAGCAGAAGGUCCCUUAGGACCAACUGCAGAAGAGACAGUGCUGCAAAGAGAGGCUGCUUGUGGGGCAAGUUCUCCUCCUCAGGAAGGGCAAGAGCAGGUUUGUCCUCCACAGCCAGAUCCCCAGGAAGAGGAGCUGCAGGAACUCCAGCACUCAAGCUCUGAAGCCCCAGAUGAAGCAGGGGGUUCAAGCAGCUGGUUGCGCUUCCAUUUUGGCUUGUAUGGCAGCAUUCGGGCAAAUGAGCUCUCAAGAGCAAACAAAGCCAACAAGAGAGGAGACUGGAAAGACCCCGUCCCCAGGCUGAUUCUGCACUUUGAGAGUGGAGGCUUCCUUGCUUUCUACAACUGUCGAAUGCAGUGGUGCUCCUCUCCACGGGCUGAUCCUACUUCUGACAUCCUCUCUGUGGAGUUCCACCGUGGCCGGGCACUGGAUGCUCUCCGUGCACCCGAUCCCAUCUGCUACACCCUCUUAGACCAAAGAUAUUUUUCAGGGCUGGGGAAUAUCAUUAAGAAUGAGAUCUUGUACCUGGCCAAGAUCCACCCAUUGACACAAGGGUCUCUCUUGGCUCUCUCAGACCUGGAGCGUCUCCUCGACUGUGUGGUUCAGUUCAGCUCGGACUGGCUGGGCAGCAAGCUGCGUGGCAAAGGGCUGCACCACCAGAUCUACCGGAAGGAGCAGUGUCCCCUUGGGCACACAGUGACAAAGGGAACCUUUGGACCCUCAGGUGGCUUCAAGAGACUUACGUGGUGGUGUCCACAGUGCCAGCCUCAGGUGCUGCCAAGAGAUGGGGAUCCUUCCCCAAUCACUAAGUGA